AUGCCUGAGGCCAUGGUGGUAAAAUCGGCCAAGAUGAGGGACUCAGAGUCUAUUCAAUACGAGCUUCAGGGUGAAGAGGUUUACAACUUGGCGUUGGAAGUUGCAUGGGGAAGUCUUGCAAGGCUGAUAAAGGUUUUCGGUCGUGGGUUGCCGGAAUCCGAUGUGCGGCGGUAUACCUGUGACCUUCUUGAAGGGAUUAGACACAUCCACAAGUGUUGUUAUGUCCACUGUGACUUGAAGCCACAUAAUAUUCUUGUUGUGGAAAAUGAAGAUGAUGAUGUCUAUAGGUUGGUGGCCAAAGUGGCUGAUUUGGGGUUGGCUAAGAAGAAGGAUGAGGUUCAAGAUGUUUUGAUCCUGGGACCUGUGGAAAGGUGGAGAGGCACACCUAUGUACUUGUCUCCGGAGACUAUACUUUAUAAUGAACAAGAGGAGCCUAGUGAUAUUUGGGCCUUGGGGUGCAUUGUUCUUGAGAUGCUCACCGGAUAGUGCCCUCGAAACCAUUUUUACGAUCAUAAGAGUGACACCCUCUACGUUGUUGAAGGAAUGGUGCCUAAAAUCCCGGAUACAAUCUCAAGUCUUGCAAGGGAUUUUCUAGGUUGUUGCCUAGCUGAGGAAAGGUCCACUGCCGAAGAGAUUCUGUCUCAUCCCUUUGUAGCAGAUGUUGUUAGAUAUUGAUCAGUCUAGUUUGUGCAAUUUUUGAUUCUGUCAUUUGUACGUAAUUC